CAUGGCAUUCUCAAAAUCUGUCUUCUUAACUCUAGCAAUAUUUUUAGCUUGUUUUUCUUUACGCUCAUCAAAUGCUGCUGAUGUUUCUCACGAUGGACGGGCGAUAAAGAUCGACGGCCAGAGAAGGAUUUUGAUCUCUGGCUCUAUUCAUUAUCCUCGGAGCACACCUCAGAUGUGGCCUGAGUUGAUAGCAAAGGCAAAAGAAGGCGGGCUUGAUGCUAUAGAGACCUAUGUGUUUUGGAAUGCUCACGAGCCUCAACGUCGCCAGUAUAAUUUCGAGGGAAGCCUGAACAUCAUCAGAUUUCUUAAGGAAAUCAAGAGUGCAGGUCUAUAUGCUGUUCUACGUAUCGGUCCUUACGUCUGCGCGGAGUGGAAUCAUGGUGGACUUCCAGCAUGGUUACAAAAGACUCCUGGGAUGCAGUUUAGGACAGAUAACCAGCCUUUCAAGAAUGAAAUGCAAAUCUUUGUUACUAAAAUUGUAAACAUGGUUAAGGCUGAAGGCCUUUUGGCGCCCCAAGGAGGCCCUGUCAUCCUCACUCAAAUUGAGAAUGAGUAUGGUAACAUCGAAGGCCCUUAUGGAGAUGCUGGGAAAAGAUACGUCCAAUGGAGUGCAAAAAUGGCUGAAGCUCUUAAUGUUGGUGUACCCUGGAUUAUGUGCCAACAAGAUGAUGCUCCUCAACCAAUGAUCAACACUUGCAAUGGUUUCUAUUGUCAUGACUUUGAACCAAACAAUAAGAACAGUCCUAAAAUGUGGACAGAAAAUUGGACUGGCUGGUUUAAAAAUUGGGAUGCACCAGAUCCUCACAGGCCUGCUGAAGAUGUGGCUUACGCUGUUGCUCGAUUUUUCCAAACUGGUGGAACACUUCAAAAUUAUUACAUGGUUAAUAUUCCAUCCCCUCUUGAUGAAUUUGGAAAUAUUCAUCAACCCAAAUGGGGUCAUCUAAAGAAACUCCAUGAAUCCCUUAAAGUGAUACAGAAUGCUCUUCUCUUUGGAGACAAGAAAAACACAACCCUUGGCGAUAAAAUCACUGUAACAAAAUUCUCAGGUAACAAUGUCACCUCUGCUUGUUUCUUGAGUAAUGAAGGCAACUCAACGGAUGCAACCUUCGAUUACGAAGGCAAAAGUUACUUUUUGCCAGCUUGGUCUGUUAGUAUUCUUGCUGAUUGCAAAGAAGAAAUUUACAACACUGCCAAGGUGGAUACUCAAACUACUGUCAAGGUUAAGAAACCUAACUUGGCUGAGGAUGAGUCUAAAUUGACAUGGAGUUGGGCUCCUGAAAUCUUAACAAAUCAAGUUAAAGGUAAAAAUCCAUCGCUCAAAGCAAAUAAACUCUUGGAACAGGUUAAAACUACUGCAGAUGCCAGUGAUUAUCUGUGGUACAUUACCAGUGUUGAUAAUCUUCAAGAAGGCAAAAUGACUCUUCGUGUUAAUACAACUGGCCAUGGUCUUUAUGUUUUCGUUAAUGGAGCACUCAUUGGAUCUCAAUAUGCUCUGAACGAUCACUUUAGUUUCAUCUUUGAGAGCACUAUUGAUGUCAAGGGUGGAACAAAUGUCAUUGCUUUGCUUAGUGCAACUGUGGGACUAAAGAAUUAUGGUUCGUUUUACGAGACUACACCAGUUGGGAUAUCUGGUCCCGUGCAAUUGAUUGCAGGAAACACAGCCAUAGAUUUAUCAAAUAACCAAUGGUCUUACAAGAUUGGGAUCGACGGCUUAGGAAAGCAAUUGCACCUCAAAAACCAACAUAUCAAAUGGCAUUCACGAACAGUUCCUACAAAGAGACCCUUCACUUGGUACAAGACAAACUUCGAAGCUCCAUUGGGCUCGGACCCUGUUGUUGUAGACUUGCAAGGGAUGGGAAAAGGAAUGGCGUGGGUGAAUGGAGAAAAUAUUGGCCGAUAUUGGCCAAAGAUUACUGCCACUUCGAAGAAUUGCACAGCGUGUGACUAUAGAGGUGAAUUCACUGCGGAUCGUAGUUGUAACACCGGCUGCAACGAGCCUGGUCAGAGAUGGUAUCAUGUCCCAAGAGAGUAUCUGAAACCUGGAAAGACAAACACAUUAAUAUUGUUCGAAGAAUUUGGUGGCAAUCCGUCCUCUAUUAAUUUCCAAACAGUCGUAGUUGGAACUAUAUGUGCUACUGUAAAUGAGAAGGAGACCCUUAAUCUGACUUGCGAAGGCGGGAAAAUCUCUGGAAUCAACUUUGCCGGUUUCGGAAAUCCUCAAGGAACCUGUCAAGCCUUCACCAAAGGAACCUGUGAGGCUCCUGGAACUCUGGAAAAAGUUAAGCAGGAAUGUAUUGGCAAAUUAUCGUGCUCGAUAUUGGCUGACGAGGGUUUGCUUGGAGCUUGCACUCCCUGUGGAAAUGUUACCAAGAAACUUGCAGUGCAGGCAACUUGUAGCUAGUUAAUUUUGUUAUGGUUAGGUUUUCUUUUUCUUCUUUGUGAAUGAUUUAGGAGGCAGUUUUUAGAUGUUGAUGAGCAAUGGACUUGAUUAGUUGUGAAGAUCUAUAUGAAUAAAGUAAUGGUAUUGUCUUGGUUCUGUCA